AUCUCAUGGGCCCUACCCGGUACUCUUUUCCUCCGCUUGGACGGAUUCUGGGUUUCCCUCCAUUUUUUCUUCUCUCCAUAGAAGCUUUUUACGUAUGCAUUACUAGGGUUAGGGUUUUGGUUUUCAUUGAAGUAUUGGAAGCUUUUUACAUAUGUCCUGUUACUAUGAUGGGGGAGACAAUUUCCUCUGAGUUGAAUCUCAGCGAGUUGAGGAAGCAAAGCAUCCGCCGAACAAUCGAUCAACUUCAAGAUCGCGCUUCUUCGAUUCUAAUGCUUACUCUUCAAUGGAGGGAGAGAGAAGAGCACUUUGAGUCCACUCACAAUGCCAUCGAUGGACGCGCCGCGGAACUCCACCCAAUCCAGGAAUCAGUAGAACAAAAUUUGAAGGACGUUAAGAAGAGAGAGAAGGAAUUGGAAGUAGUGCGAGAGUCUGUUAAUGGGAGGUUGAGAGAGAUUGUGGCUAGGGAGAAGGAGUUUGAGUUGAGUCAAAGGAAGGAGAUUGAAGAGAGGAAGAGAAUGAUUGAGAGGAUUGAGAAAUCAAGAAGAAAGCUUGAGGUGGUGAGACAAUCUACACGGAGAAAGUUGAGAGAGCUUAAAGAUGCGGAGGAGAAGCUUGAGUUGUUUAAUAUUUCAAAUCAAGAGAAAGCUGACGAUAUUAGGGUUAUUGAGAGAGAGCUUAAUGAGAGAUUGAAAGGGGUUGAAGCGAAAGAGAAGAAAUGCGAACACUUCUUCAGUGAGUUGAAAGUGAAAGAGAAACAAGUUGAGGAUCAUUCCAAAGAGCUUGCACUCAGGGAUGAGCAUUUUAGUGGACGGUUUAUAGAACUAGAAUUGAAACUAGAAUUGAAGGAAGAGAAUCUUGGGGAACGAUGCGCAGAAUUGAAAUUGAAAGAUGAGAAGGUUGAGGAGCGAUUCAAAGAGCUUGAAUUGAAGGAGAAGCAUAUUCAAACACGAUGUGAGGAAAUGGAGUUGGAAAACAAGAAGCUUAUGGAACGAUGUGAAGAACUUGAAUUGAAGGAGAAGCAACUUGAAAAUCGUUGUAGAGAGCUUGAAUUGGUAGAUAAGGAGUUCACAGAAAGGGUGAAAGAAUUUGAAUUAGAGGAGAGGCAACUUGAAGAAAGAUUUAAGAAAUUUUAUUUGAAAGAAAAACAAUUAGUUAAUAGCCAUAUGAACCUUGUUAAGAUUGAGCCACCACAAUCUCAUGCUAAUAUUCAUUUUUCUGAUAGAAAGUCCUUGCAAAUGUUCUUAAAUGAUCAUUGCAAGGAUUAUGAUUUGAUGAGGAACGAAGUACUUAAUGCUCUGAGACUCUCAUCAGACCCUACAAAGCUUGUUUUAGAUGCAAUGGAAGGGUUUUAUGCUUUCAAUUUGAAGAAAGGAGAUUUUGUAUUUGAAAAGCCGUUGUUAGAAGGAGUUGCAUUGUCUUAUUAGAACAAUUGAAGAGCAUAUCGCCAGAAAUUAGGCCCGAUGUUAAAAAAGAUGCAAUGGAACUUGCCAUUGAUUGGAUAACAAAAAUGAAGGUAGAUGCCGAACAUUCUCUCCAGGUCUUGGGAUUUUUGCAGCUUUUGGCUACUUAUGGAUUGGCCUCUGCCUUUGACACUGAUGAGCUCUUAAUACAUUUGGAGAUUGUAGCGCAGCAUGCCCAGGCUCCUGAAUUAUUUCGUGUCCUGGAUUUGACAUAAAAGAUAUCUGGAUUUCUUCAAAAUCUAAUAGAAAAGAACCAAUAAAUUGAGGCCAUUAGGUUCAUCUAUGCAUUUGAGCUGGUCAAUGAGUUCCCACCUGUACCUUUAUUGGAAAUUUAUUUGGAGGAUUCCAGGAGUGUUGCCAGAAAAGGGUGGAGAGGCAAAUCAAUUCAAGCACAGGUUUGUUUAUAUUUUGCUGUAACAGUGCCUUCUCAUUAGUUUUGCUGUCUUACGAAUAUAUUUACAAUGACUUGCUGACAGAUUGAGGCCAUGAAUAAAAGAGUCAUUAAUAUAAGGGCUGCACUGGGAUAUAUUGAAGAUUACGAGAUUAAAUCUAAACUGUCACCCAAGUACCUGAGGCAACAAAUAAGAUCUCUGGAAGAUGCAAAUUCAACUAGGAAAGCUCUGUUGGCAGCUAAGCCACCAUCUGAUAGGAAGAAAUGUUUUGCCCCCAAGGUUGCUGCUGCCAUUUGUGGCUCUGCACCUCAAUCCGAGUCCAUCAGAAGUCCUGCUCUCAUCUCUCCAACGAAGGCCUCAACCAUGGGGCCUGCCUCUGCCCCAUCACAACAGCAGGGCAGAACUAAGGGUCCUUGCACAGCUGUCUCAGUAAAUGAUGAUCCAAGUGCAUUUUUGAUGCUGCUUCUGCUAUUAACACAUCAUCUCCUUCAAUUGCUAACUCCACUGCUACCCCUGCUGACACUCCUGAAACAGUCGCCUCCUCUCCAGCCACUGCCAUCACUGAUCACAUCACAACCUUCUCUCCUUCUACUGGUGCCUCUACCGCUGCAUCUGCCUCUGCCUUCUCCUCCUCUGCAACCACUCUUAGCACUGUUGGUCACAUCACAGCCGCCUCCAUCUCCCCAGCCAUUUCAUCACCUUUAGCUACCAUCCCCAAGACUGGAACAGAUAAGCAGGUUAGCAAGAAGCAUCCUCGGAUAGCUGUCUCAGUAAAUGAAUAUGAUGAUCUAAGUACAUUUGUUGGUGCUGCUUCUGCUAUUACCACAUCAUCUCCUCCAAUUGCUAACUCCACUGCUACCCCUGCUAACACUCAUGAAACAGUCGCCUCCUCCUCUCCAGCCACUGCCAUCACAGAUCCCAUCACACCGCCUGUCCUCCAACUGGUGCCUCUACUGCUGCACUGCUUCUGCCUUCUCCUCCUUUGCAACUGCUGUUAGCACUGUUCGUCCCAUCACAGCCACCUCCAUCUCCCCAACUGUUUCAUUAGCUUUAGCUAUUCCCAAGACUGGAACAGAAAAUCAGGUUAGCAGACCUUGAACAUUUGUAUUAUCAGGGAAGCGUCGAAAAGCCUUUGGUAGUAUUAGUCGUGUCAUUCAUCCAAUGCAAUCUCGUUUCCUGCAGCCAGCAAGUCUGUUUAUGGUUCAUGGUGCACCUUACUUGAAUACAACAGCCAGACAUCAUAGUUUGCGUGGCUACCCCCCUUUGAACUUGUAGUUCGGCUACUUGUAUUAUAAUUAUGCAACUCCUUAUCAGGGGAACAUGCCUAGAAAUUCUGGUUACCAUUGGAGGCCUUAGCUUAGAGACUGCCUUGUAGAGCAGGAAGGAGUAGAGAAGCAGGUUGAGGGAGCUUGAAGUCAGAAAAAGGUAAUUUGAUUUUAGUAGAGAUUUGGUGGUUGAAGAAGAGAUACAUGGAUUGAUACGCUAGGUUCGGUUAAAAUUGAAAGACA